CACUGGAGCCAUGGUGGGGGCGCAGUGGGAUAUCCCACUUUCACCCCACCCACCGUAGUGUCCUACUGCCAGCUAGGUAACAGCUAGUGAACGACACCAUUCCUCUCCUCGCGCCAUGCUACAGUACGUUUUCACGUUCGUUCUGCUUGGAAUAGCAUUUGCGUUCCAAAACACAUCACCUUUUCUCUUAUUUUCUCCUCUCAAGUCAAAUCAGCCUGAACACUACUCUGUUUCUGCUACCACCUCGCUGAAAGACUGCUACAGUCUGGCCGGUGAGUUAGCAGAUGAAUUUAACGAAGCUGCCGCCGUAAUUCUCUAUCUUCCUGGUCUUGACACAAACGAUUUCCAAACAGGUGCCCUGCCGACGCUCAAACAAGCAUUGUUGGAUGCAGAGACGAAACUUUUUGUCCCUUAUGCUUCUGACUCCGUGAAACCCUCAUCCCUUGUCCAAACAUACAUGAACAGUUUCGGCGAGAGCAACUUUUUUGCCAUCAACAGUACAACACAGAUGCCCCGAGUGCUCGACGAGAAGGAUAUCGUGUAUCUUCAGUUUGAUGCGUUGUCUGAAACUCCUGAGGAAAGAGCAGCUGACUUGGAAAAGACUGAUGCUGCUAUUUCUUCUGUGCUCUCUCUCACACCUAAAAAAUACAUGCUUGCUCUCUUGUCGAAUCCUUUAAGCGAUGAUAACGCUAGCCAGCUUGUUACAUACGUCAAACCAACAUCUGCUUCUGCUGGUGAGCAGCAACAGUCAACCAUUGCAAGUUCUGAACGCCGCAAGACUGCCAACAAGCAAGUCAAUCAACCUUCUGGCAUUUUUGCUAACUACACAUUCUUCUCUCCUGGUUUGUUCAUGAGUUACAUGGUGCUUGCCUUAUUGGUGCCCACGCUUAUUCUUGCGUGCAAGUUGGUUGGUGGAAUUGAGAUCAGCUACGGUGCUUUUACAAAGCCUCGUCCUAGAAAGCUUGCCUAGACUGCUGGAUUUUUGAAUGCUGCACGACAAGCCUCUGCACUAUGACCUUUUUUUCGUAUGUUUUGUGUGUGAAUAUGCUCACGUGUGUGUGUGCACUUAAUUUUUAGUAAUCCCAGGCGCACAAAAGUAAAUUGGGAAAUACCACAUUUUUACUUACAGCUAGAGUACUAUGGAGGGAUGAAUUGCUU